AUGUUCAGAAAUGCACACUACGGAGCCUACUCCAGAGCUUGGCAGGACUACCUGGAGUCAUGUAAUGUGAACACUUCCAAGUUCGGGACCGGCGGCACCAAGACGAUGUCCUGGCUCUUCCAGGAGCUGAAGGAGGGUAGCUCCUUCCUCGAGCAGCCAUCCGAUUCGCCUAGACCUUGGUCGAUGCCUGGACGCCCCAAGAUCAUGCGUGUCGUGGAGCCGAUCUUCAUUCGCCUGCGUUUUCGCAGCCGGGUGCUUGUGCAGGAGAGACAGCAGUUUCCAGAUGGACGCAUGCGUGUGCGAAACAUGCUGCUGGCCGAAAAGAAGGAGCCGCGAGACUCCGGUGGUCUGCUGGCAGCGAUUCAUCGAGGCAUUCACGAAGAGCUUGGCGUGUCCUUGGAGGACCUCGGCCGAGACGAUGUUAUCCGCUACCGUCCAGACACGUACCACUUCGAGAUCGAGCAAAUCGAUUCUGCCUCGUAUCCAGGCCUGCCUUCGUCAUACCGAACGCACCACGUCCAGGUGGAGAUCUUGGAGACAGGUCUCGACGUUUUCUUGCAUUGCGGACUCCCAGAGUUCUCCGACUUUGUCACCAAAGAGAAGACUGCUCAGGGCGAGGUGACGCUCUUCUGGCGAUGGGAUGACGUCCCCACGGCGCUGCGAAAGGGA